GUGGAUCUCGGUGGCGAAUGUACACACAAAAGUCUAGAGAAGCGUAGUGAGGUUUGGUGCCCAGCGCUGACCGUAUGUGGACGAGGCGAUGGAGAAUGAACCAUGGUAUGUUCUUUGAGUGAGUGAGUGAGAGAGAGAGAGAGAGUAGCGUGGUGUCGGACUCGUACAAUUACCGACGUGAAUUUGCAAUUUACGAAAAGGGACUGCAAGUGUGGAUAAUCGAUUUGACCUACACUACGCUACGCAGUGGAAAGUGGGGAAUCUGCUACAGGCAUACGGGAUCAGAGUAUCUCGUUUGUCGCCGGAGAAAUGCGUCUACCGGGCCAGAACUGGUAGUUAGGAGUAAGUAGAUCUCACGCUCUGCAGACAAAGAAUUCGCUCGCUCAUGGCCCGGGUCGGGUCGGGGACGACUGGCUUGACCGUGGAGGGGCGAGUGGGGAGUGGGGAGUGGGGAGGCCAUCGACGGCUCGAAGAGAGCCCCAGCUCGCUCGCUCGCUCGGCCCAGGUCGCGUCCAUGUGGCGGUCUUGCGAGGUGCGAAGCUCUCGCGCAUCACGAACGAAGGCCCGAGGGCAUGUCCGAUGCCAAUGCGCGCAGAUAUACAGUAGCAGAUACGGCGGAUUGAGCUCUUGACUGUUUCGAUGGCCCGGGGCGAACACAUGCUCUGCUGCCGCCCGUGACGUCGUGGGCGAUCUGCGCGCAAGGUUCCAAAGAAGGCCGCGGGCCGAGCGAGGGCGAAUACGAAUCCGGGGUCUGGGCAGAUGGCGGACCAGGCUGGAAGCGCCGAUCAUACAGUUGUGCUGCGAGGACCGAAAGCGGGGGCUUCUUGACCACUUCUGUGCGGCCAACGAGACACACUCAUGAGAAUAUUGGUGGGGGGAGCUCGCUCGCUCGCUCGCUCUCGGCGACAUCGCUAGGCCGCGCGGGUAGGUUAGUUGGUCGUUGAGCAGCUGAGCGGAGCUGAGGACAGAAUGCGGAGGGGGCCAAAACAGGUGCCCUGGAAGCUAAUGCGUCCUUAUGCCCUCCUCCGUUGCUCCACGCGAUACAGUAAUGAACAAAAAUGUGUAGUCGUACGCCUCUCCCACUCCCUUUGAAUUCUCAAACGGUUGAAGCCUGAUUGGAUAGUUGCCAGAGCGAGUUGGUGCAGCGACGGACGGGCCUGGGUCUGGGACUGCGUGCCAAUUCCCAAAAGCAUGCUAUGCUGUAAAUAGAAAUUCGGCAAGUUUAGAGCCUGAUAUUUCCGCUGUCGGAAUCGUGUGUGCUGCAUUUGACAGGAUAAGAAGUCAUGACAGUUACUUGAAGGUUCUUGCCUAUCCGCCCCCUCAGAGCCUCGCUGCCUCAUUAGGUGGCCUUCUUCUCCACCGAAUUCGGAAGCGAGGCAUUUCGCACUUACGAGGACCUUACAUUAGGGGUGCUUCUAAUCUGGCUCUGAAGCGGCCUCAGGCACGCUCAGCGCUCUUGUGCUUUGUGCUCCCCACAAGCCAGCUACAAAAGUGUAAUCAGUUCGAAAAGUGGCGAGUCCCUUACUUAAUUCUCGAGAUGUCGACGAACAUGCAUGAACAGUGAAAUGUCAUGUGCACAUGGCUUUGUUUUGUAGUUGUGGAGGCUCUGACCAUCCAACGCUCUAGAGAAAAAAUCAUUCCCGGCCAUGGACCUCCCUCCCCUCCCCUCCUUCCUUCUGGCAGUGGAUGGAGGGAGACGAGUGGAGAUUUUGCAACGUGAUAAUACAAUAUAGCGCUGGUCGGUUCGUCGGCGGUUACGCUGUCAUCAGCCCACCCCCGGCCAUUUCAGUUCCAUUCCCAGCGUAUUAUCUGAUGAUUGGGACGAGCAUUUUUUGAGGCAAGAGUUCCUCUUGACGGGGAGGACUUUUCUCUUUCUCUUUCUCUCUGCUCGUAUACCACUUCCCUCCCCUCCCCUCCUCAGGGAUCUGAGAAUUCCCUAACCACAUCGUUGUGUCACAUGUCUUCUCCUCCCCUCGCGUACCUCUACCGCAGGUCAGGCCUCGAGCGUUUUCUACAUGCUGGCUACCGUCAUGGCGGAUCGGGGAUCGGGGAUGAUUAGAGAGCGAGCCCGUUUUUCCCCUGAAUGCUGGUACGGACCGUACUUCAUUCGCUGAAUGCAAGGCCAGGCAUGACCGUGCCUCUUCGGCCCAAGCCCAAAACCAAGCUACCAAACAAACGAACAAGGGGCACAUUUUCCCCAUGGUCUGUCUCGCUCGCCCCUCGCCUCUAUACCGAAAUUCAAUACAGUCUGGACCCUCGGAAUCCAAGCGGACCUCGUCUAUUCCAUUGACCACCGCUUCUCCUCCUCCUGCGUCUGCUCUGCGUGAGUUGGCACCUGCUGCUGCUGCUGCUGAGUCUGGACUUCCAGCAUGGCCGUCGAAUUUCCAACGCGACUGGUGCUGCCGCUGCCGCUGCGACGAAAGCUGCUCUUCAGACUCGAGCGCAUCUCCGGUUCAUGCCCCGGCCUUUGAAGAUCUUUACCGUUUAUCAAACCAACAACCAACUUUUUGGCUUCAUCGCCCAUGCUCCGAGACUCAACCCUAACGGAUUUCCAACGGCAGCCCCGACGACGAGACGAGAAUUGUGGAACGUCCUCGAGUGUGUGUGUGUGGGGGGAUGACCUGGCAAGCCGGUCGGUAGAAAAUGAUAUAAUGCCCGCGCAGCCCAGCGGGGUAGGGGGAUGUUCUUUCUCCGAGGGCACGACAUGAUUGUGCACGGUCACGAAAGCUUCCAUGGCCUUGGCAAGGAGUUUGCUAAGACACCCGGAUUAGCAAAGGCUCCCCUUAACUUGUAUCUUGUUAAGCAUUAAUCGUCCAGGAAUCUCCACAACACAGCUCAGCUCGUCCACAUAUCGCUCCUCUUCCAUGCGCACCCAAGAGCACAGCUGGUUAUGAGCGCAGGAAGACGAAGGAGGAUGUUCGUCGUCACGAACUGGCACAUUCAUUAUUGUAGCAGAUGGGUGCGUGCGAGCGGAGGAAUAAUUCCAAGCCCGCAAACGAACACAUGCAAUGCAUUCCAAUUAUAGAAGCCGUUGCCAUCUCUCUUUCGCCCGUCACGAACUCGGCCCCUCG